AUGGAACAAGAAAAAACCACCACCUUCAGCCGCCAAAUCUCCGCCAGAAUCCGCCUUGUUGCGGAGCCUGACGUGCCAAAUCUUCACAAACUCGUUUCUCAAAUGGCAAAUUACCAUGGCCUAUCACAUGUGUUCACUACUACAGAGACCUCUCUUUCCAACACCUUAUUCAAAUUCCCACCUUUCCAUUCUUUCACUGCCCUCAUCCUAGAAAUUUCUCCCAACCCAUUUCCUAGUCCAGAUAUUUACGUAGCGGGUCAUGUGCUGGUUUUUCCAAGCUACAACGGUUUCUUUGAGAAACCUGGUUUAUAUUUAGAUCAAAUGUUUGUAAGGAAGUGUUAUAGGGGGAUGAGGCUUGGAAAAUUGUUAUUUUCUGCUGUUGCAUUGCAGGAUGCGAAAAUGGGAAUGGGGAUGGUUGAUUGGCUUGUGGCUGAUUGGAAUGAAGAAAGUAUUCAUUUGUAUGAGAAAAUGGGUGCUCAUUGCAUUCCUGAAUAUAGACUUUGCAAAUUGUAUGGUGAGAAUUGCUUCAACACUAUGCCAACAUCUCUCCUUAAUUUCAACUGCUGA